AUGAGCUUAUCGGAACAGAAGAUCUUAGAACAACUAGGGAUUGUAGGUGCACGUAAAGUAUGGAUUACAGGUCAUAUUUUGCCCAAAAGUAGAUCUGUUUUUUUACCUAAUCAGGAAAGUACUGAUUUGUACAUAAGAAAGCGCAUUGAACGUUUUGCCGGGGAUGAAGAGUACUUUUGGCCUUUGUUAAGAACGUUUACAACUAGUGAGUUUGUAGGAAUGAUUGUUAAAGUUGGUCUAUCUUGGUUUUUGUUUUGUUUAGAUAAGAAUUUAAUGAGUAAGGUUUUGGUUAAGCUUAAUUUCAGUCAUUAUAAUGAAGAGAAGGUUCUUUAUGAUGGCCAAAUAGUCCAGGUAGUCGGUUCGAAUCCAACAGGUCAUGAGAUUUUAGUGUCUGACUUAAAGUAUACUUUAGGAGCUGUUACUGAAGCUGAACAUGAUUUGACUAGAAAAGAAGAGUAUAGGCUUAAGAUUGUAGAUUUAACUGUGACUGGUGGUGAGUUUAGUUUGGGAUUAUUAGGGGGUAGAUAUGACGUCAUAGUAGUGAUUGGAGAUUUAAGUGUCCAGGAAAGAAGUGAGUGUAAGCAAUGGUCUGUUCGGGAACGAGUUAGUGUAAUUUGUAUGCCUGGUUUAGGUGGACUUCAUUCAACUAUGGUUGUACCGGCUGUAUUUACGCAAGGUAUAUCUUCAUUUUGGCAGCAACAUACGGUUAGUUUAGUGGCGGGUGAACGAACGGAAGAAGGUCCUUCUUUUUGGGAGGUAUCUAAUCCGGCUAUUUUAUAUCUUAAUGGGACAAGUGUAGGUUUAUCUUCUUUAGAUGCAAUUAGUGAGAUUCAAAAGAGAGAAGAGAUAAGUAGUAAUAGUUCAUUUCGGAAUGCCAUGAUUCACUAUCGCUUACAGAGUAGUUUUUUACCUUACUUAAGUCCGGAUGAUCCAGUUGAUUACUCUCGACCUGAAUACUUUAUUUGGCCGCACAAUCUUGAUAUUAUCAUAGUACGUAAUCAAAAUUUAACUAGAACGUAUCUAGAAGAUGGCAUGCAUAUUAUUCCUAUGCAAAAACCAGAAGCUACCUAUCACAUUCGCUUUACAUCUAAAGAUCCAACUACCCUACAAGUUGAGCAAGUUAAGUAA